UGCGCACUCUGAAAAGAGGAAAAAGUUGAUGAUGAGUUCAGAGUGAAAGCGGCCCGCCACGGAGCAGGCUCACCGUCCAGGAUGGCAGUUUGGACCCGAGCGGACAAGAACGGGCAACUGGACCUUCUGCUCCGGGACCGCUGGAUCCGAGUGGCGGCCGAACUUACCCGAGAAACGCUGACUUUGACGGCCGAAGCGGAGGCGACCGGACAGGGGGGUAACCACUGGGACUACAACAACUCUUCUGCGGGCCUGCGAAAUGGUAUGUCGAACGGAAACGACCCGGGAACGAGUCCGGGGAACCCUGGCCGCGGUACCUCCUCGGGUCAGGACCAACUUCAAAACCAGAACCACGGGGUUCGGGGGCGCAGCAGCAGCCCAGCCCGCGGAGCGUCCAGUCGGGGUCCGUACGACGGGAACUACGGUCUAAACAGCCCCGGAAAGUACCCAAAUAACGGUACAAACUCUGAAUUUGGAAGUCCUGGCUCCAGCUAUGGCAGUCCCGGGUCCAGCUUUGGGUCGAGGCAGGGGGACCUUCCCGUCAGUGUUGACGGCCCCUCAGAAGCGGUGCGGAAAGUGCGAGUUGUCAAACAGGAGUCUGGCGGGCUGGGGAUCAGUAUCAAGGGGGGACGCGAGAACCGGAUGCCCAUCCUCAUCUCCAAGAUCUUCCCGGGGCUCGCUGCCGACCAGAGCCGGGCGCUCCGGGUGGGGGACGCGAUUCUCUCGGUGAACGGUAACGACCUCCGGGAGGCAACGCAUGACCUGGCGGUGCAGGCGCUCAAGAAGGCCGGAAAAGAAGUGACGUUAGAGGUGAAGUACAUCCGUGAGGUUUCUCCGCUUUUUAAGAAGCCAUCUCUGGUAGCCGACCUACCGUGGGAUGGGGCUCGCCCUCAGUCACCCAGCUACAGCGGCAGCGAGGACUCCGGGUCACCCAAACACAGCAGUUCCUCCUCCAAAGACAGAAAGGUCAUUAGCCUAAAGAUGUGCUUCAUCAGCAGGAACCUCACCAUGCCAGAUCUGGAGAACAGACUGUUGGAGCUCCAUUCCCCGGACGGCCAGCACACAGUGGUGCUGCGCUGUAAGGACGGCCCCUCUGCCAACUCCUGGUUCACUGCCAUCCACACCAACAUUGCCGCCCUGCUGCCACAGACGCUGGCUCACAUCAACGCCUACCUUGGAGCCUCUUCUUCAGCCUCCACACACCCCCAUCUCAAACACAUCGGCUGGUUGGCUGAACAGGUUCAGUUAGAAGGUGGACGGCAGCAGUACAAACCAGUGGUCAUGGCCCUGACAGAGAAGGACAUCCUGCUGUUUGAAUCUGUGCCGUGGAGCAGAGAGUCCUGGUCCAUGCCUCUGCUAACACACCCGCUGCUCGCCACAAGACUGGUUCAUUCUGGUAACGCCCGAGGUUCUCCCGCCCAGGGUGCAGACCUGGUGUUUGCCACUCGAACGGGCACAGGGCGGGGCAUCGAGUCCCACAUCUUCCGAGUGGAAACCCACUGGGAUCUGUCCUCAUGGACAAGGGCACUGGUGCAGGGGGGGCACGCCGCUGCUGAGAUAAUCAAAGAAGUCUCCAUUGGUUGCACGUUGAACAGACAGGAUGUUCGUCUGACACUGCACUAUGAGAAGGGCUUCACUGUGACCAGGGAGCCCGUAGAACCAACAGGGGGCGCUGUGCUCUUCAGAUACCCCUACGAAAAGCUUAAAAUGUCAGCCGACGAUGGAAUACGCAACCUUUACCUGGACUUUGGGGGUCCAGAGGGAGAAAUGGUGUUUGACCUCCACUCCGGUCCAAAGCCGGUGGUGUUUGUCCUCCACUCCUUCCUGUCGGCCAAGCUCACUCGUAUGGGCCUACUGACGUGAGGUAGCCACCUACAGCAGCAUGGACUAAAGGACAGGCCCAAGGCACAGUGGGGGAGGGUGGGAUGCGCUCCCAAAAUUAGGAUAUUGGUGGAUUCUUAUUCUAAAAAUAAUUUCAGUUCUUCCCUUCGCUGCAGAUGUAUGCCUCCGGUGGGGCUGCCGGGGGAGAUUAAACCCACAAGUCAUAUUGUUGAUUGUCUCAAAUAUGUGCCUUCUCUUUCAACUCUGUACUGCAGGGUCAGGUGAAGGGACAUGUUGCUUUGCUUGAAGUCACAAAGUGUAAGGAGACAGUUACAUAAUGCAAAAAAUAGCUGUUAACAAUCUCAUUACUUUCCAUCCGAUAAUGUUUCAAAAAAUAAA